AUGGCUGACUCAGAGUUGAGGUGGAAGUGUUCAUUAAGUGUGCGCUUUGAUAUGUUCAAUGGGACACAAUGUGUUGGUUUUGGUUUGGGCAUUGUGCAUCCAUUCCAUACAUCUUAUUUGAAGCUAAUCAUCCUUUUUAAAGACUUUGGGUCUGCAUUUUGGAGCACAGAGGAAGCAACAAAUCAAGUUUAUAUUGACCCUUGUGAAGGAGGAGGAGAAAGAAUAGUUCAGAGUUGGUUCAAGGUUAGUGAUUUGGACCAAAUCAUUGGGCUAGACCUUUGGAAUUUUGUCACAACAGGAACCAACUUGAGCAAUGAAUUGUUGUUCCUCAUUUUGCAAUUUCUAGAUGAGGAGAGGCUAAAUGAAAUGACACACAAGUUGGAACAAGAGUCUGGGUGCACUUUAACAUAGAGUGUUUUGAAUCUCAAGUUCUAGCUAGAGAAUGGGAUAAAGAUGAGGCUUAUCUUUCCAAUUUUACAACAGUUCAAGAGAAUAUUCAUUCUACAAAAACUUUCUUUGAGAUCAGGAAACAUAAAUAUUUAGAAGCAUUAGACAUCUAA